AUGGUUCUAGGCAAGCUUUUCGGCAAGAAGAAUGAAUCCGCGAAAACACCUAGAGUUGAAGAGCCUUACGUGCUUCCCCCGGGCCAAAUGCAGGAUAUGAAGCCCAUUUCGUCAGGCUCAAUACCACGGCCGCAUGAGCGGCCGCAUCCGCCAACCCCCCAAACAGGCAAUGGCAGGCGAUUUGUAAAUCCACAGUCAUGUACUAUGCAUGACAAGUACGACAUAUCCCUAUUCAACAUGACUCUAGUGCAUCCAAUACAAUCGACGUUCAUCACCUUUGAUGUUGUCCCUACUCCUCCUCCGACGGAACCAGCACGUGGAGAAUUCAUAAAGAACCAUUUCAUUCAGCAGCUCAAUUGGUAUCCUUGGACAUGCGACGUGAUGUCUGAAAAUUUGGCAAAUACCACUGUCAAAGACGCUGGCGUAGAGAUGAAUAUGCAAUCCCGCUUUGCCGAAGCUGAAGCCAUAAUCACUCCUUUGUAUCGCAGCGCUCAAAAGAAGCUGGGCUACAUGCACCCCACAACCAUCUACUACAUGAACAAUCUUGGGGUAGCCUUAGGCGGCCAAGGAAAAUUUCGGGAGGCCGAAGCAAUACUAUAUGACACUGUCGGGAUGAAGUUUUCGGAGAUAGAUCCCGCACAUCUUAGUACGCUCGGCAGCAUGAUGAACAUCGUGCUUGCCUACAAGGGCCAGGGUAAGUGGCAGAGGGCCAACGAAGUUUUGAGCCAGAUGAUAAAUAUCAGAGCGGCGAGCGGCGGUACGGCGGACCCAGACUUUUUGGAUUGGAAUGAUCAUUUGGGCGUGGUGCUGGCGAUUGAGCAGAAAUAUGAUGAGGCAGAACAGGUGUUGAUGCGCUGUUAUGAAGCACGGCAGAACCUGGGGCGCGACCCUUAUAUAUUUUGCACGCAAUAUACUCUAGAAUGGGUUCGGAAACAAAAAGCAUCACAGCUUGCAAAUGAAAAGGAGUCAGGUUGA